GAGAAGACAAGGUGCUGCUCAUUGUGACUGAUAACGGCACCAACAUUGUCAAAGCUGUGCGGCUGCUUAAGGAGAGAAGCCAAGACCAAAGUGAGGAAUCCACAGAUGGAUCAGAGCCUCAACCAGGAGGUACCAGAGAUGGCCCAGAUCAAUUUUGGAUGGAAUCAGAGUCGGAGGAGACAGACGAGGAGGAGGAGGAGAUUGGAGAGACUGGAAACCUUGGAACUUGACCUGCCAGAUGAUGGGGAGCACAAGUUCCAGAGAAUGCCAUGCCUGGCCCACACCCUUCAGCUUACCCUAAAAGAUGCCAUGAAGCACCCAAAUGCUGAGUUGCUCAUAUCAAGAGCAAGAAAGCUGGUACACGCUGUGAGGAAAUCAUCAGUGGCAAAUGAAGCAAUGAUCAAAAUGUGUGGCAAAACUUUGGUCCGAGAUUGUACCACACGCUGGAACAGCACUUUUGAUAUGUUGAGAAGACUGCUGGAGGUCAGAACUGAACUAAACCAAGUACUUGAGGAGCUGGGCAUGGACACACUUCUCACAAGUGAUUGGACUAAGCUGGAGAAUCUGGUCAAGCUGCUUGAGCCCUUUGCCAUUCAUACAGACCAGCUUCAGAGUGACAGCCAGUCACUCUCACAAGUAGUGCCAUGCCUGCUCAACCUUGAGGCACACCUUCUCUCAACUACUGCUGCUGGGAAACCAUUAAUUCAAGUGCUGCUGAAGUCCUUGCGAGAACGUUUUGCUGCCAUUCUCAGCCCUGAUUCCCCACAGUUUGAUGCUAUACCAGCUGCGGCCUGCCUAUUGGAUCCAAGUGUGUCACUGAUUCUUCAAACACCAGAUAUGGUGGCAUUGAGGAGAGCAGCACAGUCUUUAGUGCAGAACCUGGCAGCUCAGUAUAACCCAGCUACUGCUUCUCAGGCUCAUGUCAUUGCCACUGAAACUGCAAACUCCCCUGCUACUGUCCUCCAGAAAUUCCGCUUCCUUGCAUCCCGUAUGGAGGUCAAUGAGUCAUUGUCAAAUCAGGCUGAGACCAACAGUCUGUUGACCGAAAUGAAGAGGUAUCUCAAAGAUGUCACACAUGGCGUCUUUAAUGAGGCACCAUUGCAAUUCUGGAAAUCGAGAGAGGCGGUCUAUCCAAAACUUGCCCCUGUGGCGCUGGAUCUCGUUAGUGCCCCUGCUUCACAAGCCUUUGUCGAGCGCAUCUUCUCUGUAUGUGGACUGUUGUCAUCUGGCCUGAGAAACAGAACAACCACAUGUCUGGAACAGCGCGUUUUCCUCAAGAUCAACAAGAAAUUGUUGCUUGACUGAAGUACAUGCAUCUCUAAAAAUUUCCAUAAAUCUCUCUCACACAGACACACACACA